ACUUUAUUUUUAUUUUUUUAAUAAUUACAUUUCAUAAAAUUAUCCAUCGCCGCCAUCUUAGUUUCUGUUAUCCAUUAUAGCAGACAUUUCAUUCUCCUCUCUUUUGAUGCUUCACCCUCGCCGCAUUGCGUUACUAUGUUACUACUGUUAUUCUUACAUCCAUGGAUUGUGAUGAGUCUGUGAUGGAAGGUAGAAAGAAACAAAAAAACAAGCCAGUGGAUUUCACACGAGAACUUCACACGUGCCUCAUUCGCUACUAUGCGCGUCUCAAUAAGCUAGACGAAAAAUGGAAGGAACUGUCAAAAAGUGCAGAGAGACCACUCGAGGGCCUGGCUAAUCGAACCGAGCAGUUCCGCUAUGUCACGAAUAAAGUAGAAGGGACAGAGGACUACGUGAAUCAAGAGGUACGAGACAGAUUGAUAUUCAAAAUCUUCAUGGGCCUCGAGGAAGAAAUGACAAUUCUCUUGAAUAUCCUGACACAAUUUAAUGAUGCCAAUCAGGAUUUGAAGAAUUAUUUGGUUAAUUUAGAAAAUGCUAGAAGUAAAGUAUCCUUAGAGGAUGAAGAUAUGAAGGAAUUGAAUGAAGGGACGCCAUGGCGACCGGCACUCAAUCUGCUCAUGCAAUGGGCCGUGGAGGGUUUUCAGUUUUAUCACAAUAUGUAUCUUCGUAUCAAUAAUUGCAUGAAAUUGGUUGACUAUAAAAAGGAGGAAACUAUCGAUAAUCUGAUUUCUUCCUUCACAGAAGACAAACGCGGAAGGAGAAAUAUAGAUGGGAUUUUCAUCUUUACACAUUUUCUAGCUAAGGAGACUGUUCAUUAGAGAUAUGAAGAUACAUGGAUCUAAUAAAGAUAAAAUUGUGCGGACACAGAUA